AUGGGAAGUUCCCUGUAUGGCAUCUUCACUAUUGUUAUGGUUGCAGAGUUUAUAUUUGGAAAUGUGAGCAAUGGAUUCAUUAUGCUGACAAACUGCGUUGAAUUGAUCAGGAAAAGAACCCUUUCUCCCAUUGGUUGGAUCCUAUUUUUCUUGGCCAUUUCCAGAAUGGUUUUGAUAUGGGAAAUGUUACUAGCAUGGCUAAAAUAUCUUCAGUAUUCCUUUUCAUAUUUGGCUGGAACUGAAUUAAGGAUUAUGAUGUUCGCAUGGGUAAUUUCCAACCACUUCAGUCUUUGGCUUGCAACCAUCCUGAGUAUCUUUUAUUUGCUCAAAAUAGCCAGUUUCUUCAGGCCUAUUUUUCUAUAUCUGAAGUGGAGAAUAAAGAAAGUGAUUCUGAUGAUCCUUCUGGGAAAUUUAGUCUUCUUGCUGUUGAACUUAUUACAAAUAAACAAACAUGUGAAAGACUGGAUGUAUCAGUAUGAGAGAAAUACAACCUGGAAUUCCAGAAUAAGUGAAUUUAUGGAGUUUUCAGAUCUGGUCUUAUCCAAGAUGAUUGUGUUCUCUGUAACGCCAUUCAUAAUGGCCCUGUUCUCCUUCAUCCUGCUGAUCUUCUCCUUGUGGAAACAUCUCCAGAAGAUGCAUCUCAAUUCCAGAGGGAUACAAGAUUCCAGCACCAAAGCCCAUGUGAACGCCUUGAGAAUUAUGGUCUCUUUCCUUUUACUCUAUGCCACUUACUUCUUAUCCUUAUUUAUAUCAUUGAUUCCUAUGGCACAUCAAAAAGGAAUAGAUCAUAUGUUUACCCUAUCCUUUGGCCUUUUCUACCCCUCAAGCCACUCAUUUAUCUUGAUUCUGGGACAUUCUAAUUUAAGGAAAGCCUGUCUUUUGGUAGUGACACAGCUGAGGUGUACGAGAAAGCAUUAA